AUGCAGAAGACGACUUACUACGACAGCUCCACGCUCUUUGGGGGUUACUCCUACGGGGGUGCCAAUGGGUUUGCUUACGAGGGUCCCCAGCAGCCCUUCCAGACGGCAUCCCACGUGGAGAACGACUACCAGAGGUCCGCCUGCUCCCUCCAGUCUCUUGGCAACACAACCCCACACGCAAAAAGUAAAGACCUGAACGGGAGCUGCAUGCGUCCAAGUUUGCCCCAGGAGCACCAUCCGCCUCCCCCAGUCUCACCACCCCCAAACCCUGCCACCAACAGCACCAGUAGCAACAGCAAUAACCAGUCGGGAAGCAGUAAAACUGUCCCCAGCAAAGCCAACCUCAGUGCAAACGCCAGCCUCACCAAGCAGAUUUUCCCCUGGAUGAAAGAAUCGAGGCAAAACUCCAAACAGAAAAACAGCUCCCGAAAAGAGGAGGGGGGUGGUGGUGGUGGUGGUGGGGGUGGUGAGAAAAGCCCUCCAGGCUCCUCGGCCUCCAAGAGAGCCCGAACAGCCUACACCAGUGCUCAGCUGGUGGAACUGGAGAAGGAAUUCCACUUCAACCGCUACCUGUGUAGACCUCGGCGCGUGGAGAUGGCCAACCUGCUGAACCUCAGCGAGAGGCAGAUCAAGAUCUGGUUUCAGAACAGGAGGAUGAAAUACAAGAAGGAUCAGAAGUCGAAAGGCAUGGGGUCUUCUUCUGGAGGGCCUUCUCCCACCGGCAGCCCUCCCCAGCCCAUGCAAUCCUCAGCUGGGUUUAUGAACGCCUUGCACACCAUGAGCAGUAACUAUGACGCCCCCUCACCGCCUUCCUUCAACAAACCCCACCAAAAUGCCUAUGCCAUGUCAACUAACUACCAAAACCCCAUCAAAGGCUGCCCUUCCCAACAGAAGUAUGCCAACACCGCCCCCGAGUACGACCCCCACGUCUUACAAGGGAAUGGGGUGGCCUACGGGACUCCCACCAUGCAGGGCAGCCCCGUCUAUGUUGGAGGUAACUAUGUGGAUUCUAUGCCCACCUCUGGCCCAUCCCUUUACGGCCUCAAUCAUCUGCCACACCACCAGGCUGCCAACAUGGACUACAAUGGGCCUCCUCAGAUGCCCCCAAGCCAGCACCACGGACCGUGUGAGACCCACCCCACCUACACGGACCUUUCCACGCACCACGCUUCUUCUCAGGGCAGAAUCCAAGAGGCUCCCAAGCUGACCCACCUGUGA